UGGGGUUCUCGCACGGCCAUGUAGGAGCACACGCAAAGCCCAGAAUGAAGAAGACGUUGCUACUAUGCUUCAUACAUGGCUUCAAGGGCAGCGACGGUACCUUCAGGACGUUUCCCUCGCAUCUAAAGGCUCUACUCCAGCAUGCCUUACCAAAGGUCACAGUCCUGGCGAUUACGUACCCGCAGUAUGAGACCAGGGGAGACUUGCGCGAAUGUGUUGGGAGAUUCAAGGAGUGGCUGCAGGAUAAGGUCAUCGACCUUGAAGUCGCAAAUGGUACACCAUCGCCCACCGUCGAUCCCUCCGUCCACACUAUUCUCAUAGGUCAUUCGAUGGGCGGGAUUGUGGCUGCGGAAACGCUUCUGUCCAUCAUCGAUGAGCAACCCAUUCCCUCACACAACUCCGCCUCAAAUUCGGCAUCAUCAUUGCGAGACUCUUCGACUCUCAUGUUUCCCUACAUCCAAGCGAUUCUCGCUUUCGACACUCCGUAUCUUGGGAUUGCACCUGGCGUCGUAGCCCACGGCGCAGAGAAGCAUUGGAACACAGCAAACUCUGCAUAUUCGGCUUAUUCAAACGUUGCCGGCGCGUUUGGGUGGGGAAAGAGCACAGAAACCGGCGCCCAGACGGCGAUGAGCUCGAGUAGAAUGCUGGAAGGGGCGCAGAGAUCGGCACAGGCAGUGAGCGACACAAAUGCAGACGCCGCAUCGGUACCUCUCUGGCAGAAAUAUGGCCGAGUCGCUUUGUUUGCUGGCGCUGCAGGAGCAGUCGCAGCCGGUGGUGCUGCUGCAUAUAUGAAGCGAGAACAAAUAUCGGAAGGCCUCGGCUGGGCGACGUCUCACUUGGAAUUCGUAGGUUCGCUCGCCAGGCCCGAAGAGAUGAAGAAGCGGCUCGCUAGCAUUACCAAGCUUUCACAGACCCAUGACCUCGGCUUCGCCAACAUCUAUACUACCCUUGGCCACGCCGUUGACUCACAAGAAAAGUCUUCGUGGACAGGCAAGGUGAUGGGCCGAGACCGAACCUUUUGCAAUCUCCCGAAGGGCGAUUUGCGGCAGUAUUUCAUUCCGGCUGUCAACGACAAAAGCACGGCGGAAACCUGGGCGCACAUGUCAAUGUUUGACCCAAAGCAAAAUCCCGGGUACUACAUCAUGAGCGAGCAUGCGAAAGAGCACAUCAUUGAUUGGGCAACGAAUGAAUGGUAUGAGGACAGCGAUGGAGCCACAGAAGGUGUCAGUAUUGAGGAAGAAGAGGUGUUGGUGGACAGACCGCAGGAAGAGGAGUUUGAAGACGUGAGGAGACCUUCCAACGAUAACCCAUGGAAGGACGAGCUUUGAGAAUUUCAAUGCGCCCUGCAAGUAUACCCAGUUGACAACCUGAACACGACUACCUGUACCGUUCCGUCCACCCUAUAAACGACCUGAUCAUAAUUCCAUUACCCAAUCUUGAAAUUUCAUGCAGAAUCGGAGCCAAUAUGCUCGAAGAACCUUCCAUGUCGUUUCGAAGGUCUAGGUCACACCAUGUUGUCUUUUCAUACCAGCGUCAUUUCACCGCAUACCUGCCUAGCAAGUAUGGUCUUUGCGUCAACCAGCGCCUCCACCACUCGCUUGUCGAUAUGAAAGAAGGAGCAGUCACCUGAG